AUGGGAAUUCUUGCAAUGGGUUGGGAUAGGCAAGUUACAGAAUUUAACGAUGUAGUGGGGCGGGAGUAUGGUGAUCCGAAAAAAUGGCCCAAGUUUCACACGGAUGAUAUUACCUGCGCUGACGUUAAGCUUGGCGAAGGAGUAGUAACAGCAACUUACUCCGGAGAAAUAAUUUUUUGGAAACUUGAAACCGGACAGCCUUAUCGUCGAUAUAGUGUUAUGGAUCCUACCCGUUUCAUAGAGCUUAAAUUAACUGCUGAAGAAGAAAAGUCGUUAAGACGAAGUAAACGAUUAGCUUCACGUCCGACACAUACUGGUAUUCAUGGAUUACAAAUGAGUCGUGCUGGAAGAUCUACAGUUACUAAUCGACCUGAAGAUAAUAGAGACUAUGGAGCCAAUAUACCUAUUUCGGUUCAGGCUGUCUUGUUCCUUCAAACGCGACCUCAAACUUUAAAACAUGGAAGUGUUUUUAUCUCCCUUGACACCGGUUACAUUCAGGUAUAUUCUCACCACCAACGCGGUGGCUACAUGAUGGAAUUUCUUGCCGUUCAUAAGACCGGAGAUUGUGUACUUACCAUGUGUACAGACCGAAAGAAUCGCUUCCUUUACACUGGUACUGCUUUUGGUUAUGUUAAGAUUUGGUACAUUGUAAACUUUUGGUUUGCCGAGGCAGUGAAGUCCCGGUCCAUCUGCUCAGGCGGUACUGAAGCCGAGAAGAAACCAAAGGUGGCCGAUGCCUUGAAGAGGAUCCCAGAGCUGGAGAAGGAUUUGGAGAGCGCUCGCAGCAAUAUUACGCAGCAUUAUUACGUUUGA